AUGCUUCACCAUCAGCCUCAGAUCCUCUCGCCGCUUGCCGAGAUGGACACCCACAACUCCAACUCCAGCCUCCGAGCACGUAAGAUGUCUGCCGGUGGCAACAGGUCUUGGUCUGAAGAAGAGGAAAACUACCUUUUGCAGACACGCAUGCAGAAGAUGCCCUACAAGCACAUUGCUGCACACCUGAAGAAGACUGAGUUGGCAUGCCGUCUGCAUUACCACCAAUUGUCGCACGGUAGCCAUCGCCGUAAGCGCACCUCAUCUGUUUCUUCGUCGACUUCGUGCAGCUCUGCCGGCCAGUCUACGUCUUACCAGAUGGCAGUGGACAAUGAUGCAUACUCUCCAUCAUCCCGCCACGGCUCACCCAUGAGCUACAAUGGCGGUAGCCCGCACAUGAGAGCCGCUUCGAUUGGCAACUCGCCCGGUCGCAACCAGCACAAGAUCCUGCUACCCAAGCCGCGUCCCAUGACUCCACGCGAAUCUCCUGAGCCCCACAACAUGCUCCGCAUCAACACUGGCGUUGCGCACCAGCCCAAGGUUGUCGACACAGACCGUCUCCGUGCAAUCUACGAAGCCCGCCGUCAACAGUUCUGGGCUACUAUUGCCGCUGACUAUGGCGCUGAUGUCUCUCCGGCUCAGUUGGAGGAGAUUUGGCGCUCUGGUUCCAGCUCGGUCCGCCCACCCACCCCGGAUGCCUCUCCCGACGGCAGCAUUAUGCACAACCUUGCGCUGAAACCUUCGCCCUUCACCUAUGCCUCGCCGAUCAGCAGUGAUGCCGGCAAGCAGUUUGGCGCCAUGAACAUCAGCGCUGUUUCUGCCCCCGAGCGCAUGCCCUACGUUUUGCCCAUGCCGGUUCCGUCUGUUGCCCGACCGAGGGCUGGUACGUGGAGCUCUGCUCCUCGGGAUAACAUGCCCAUUGCGAGCCUGUUGACGGAAGACAAGCACCCCCGUGCUCACUAG